AACACACCAACCUCCUUGAGACAAUAACGAAGGACAGAUUUUUGGCCUGUCAGUGUAUCGAUGGCACACAUGGUGUGUUUGCAGUUGAAAAAUCUUUUUGUGGUCCUGCAACACCCAUACAUGUAAUCAAGAAUAUGUGGGGGCCAGCACAGAAGAUCAUCUGUGAGGCCGACCAGUGUCGUUUGAAUGCUGACUUUGCUCAAAGGAGCGGGAUGUUGCAUUUCGAGUGCCACCACAUCCAAUCAUUAUUGUAUUGCCCACGCACUGACGGUCAAACCGUGACACUUCCAGGUGAGGCCUUGGAAAGAAUGGUGGAAAACAAGUGGUUUGGUGAGGAGCGUAAGGCCGGCCUCUUGCGUUUCCAAAAAAAUGCUGAUGCUGAGGGUGUGCCUCUGUCUGUGCACUUGACUGUAAGUGGUCCAACAUCUAAAUUUCAUAUAUCUGUUUAUGAAAAAAAGGUAACAUACCACAGCAGGUUGGGAAGAGUUAUUGUGGCAUAUGAUGCAAAGCAAAACACCUGGCAUUGUCCCUGCUCUAAAGCGAGACAAUCCUGUAUCCAUAAAGCUGUUGCUAAAUGGCAUCUGUUUGUAACAAAGAGGGAGCUUUUUAGGAAGGUGAAGAGCACAGAGGAAGAGACACUUAAUCUUACCGAGAUCAGCACAGUCCAAUACGACAGCGACUCUGAGGACAGUUAUCCACCAGAUGACAGAAAAAUCGCAAGGAUGCUUAAAUACCUCCUCAACAACAAAAAGCUCCCGGCAAAUAUACCCCAGGCUCUCAUAGAGCAGUCGAGAGAGGGGAGAAGAGACGACAGCUUUCCUAAGCACCUUAUCCCCAGAGAAACAAAGUGUGUAGAAUGUGAAUACACACUCUGUGAACAUCUGAUAACAGCGAAAGGCAAGAUCCUGACAAGCACAGGUGUAGUUGAAGGAAUAUCAACAUACAGGAAAUCAUGCCUGAACUGUGGCAUGAUUUACAGAUACCAGGAGUGGGAUGAGGGUAUCCACAACUUUGAUGACCACAUCAUCCUGUCUCUGCACUUGUGCCUGAUGACCCAUACAGCUAUCAGCAAAGUGAUAGAAAUUAUAGAGACAACGGAAAAGGUGUCCUUUCCAAACAAAGAAAGAGUAUUGCAGGCAUACCUCCACUUUGAGGCCCUGACCGACCAUGAAUACACGUACAGUUGUGUGUCAUGUGGAAACAACCCAGCAGUUGUUGUUAUGGACCUCCACAGAAAAGGGGUUUUCAAUAUGCCAGUGAGUGACAUCCCAAGUCCACCUGAAGGCUAUGAUGGAAAUGUUGACAUGGACCAUUUCUGGAACACUGUGGCCACAGAAAUGCUCAGUCGGGGAUUAAUUCCAUAUGGACGGAAGAACCCUUUUGUUGUGCCACCAAGUUAUAAUCACUGGGCCCCCUGGAUUGGCCCACACACCCGGAGGUCAAAUUCUGUGUUGAACACAGAAUUCGAAAAAUUGCAAAGCCCCAAAACGGAUGGAGAUGAUAACUUUAAUGAUGAUGAAAAAAUGAAUGAGGAACGGCUCACAGAUGAGCUUGUGAACCUGAAGGUACAGGAGGUCAGGGCACUGUGCAAACAGUGUGGUGUGGAUGAUAAGGGGUCCAAGAUAGAUAUGGUUAUGAGACUGUCUGACAAAAUGUCUAGUAGAGUCACCUACAACAAGGUGUUUGAGAAAGUGUGGGGUGCUUCUGGUGGUUGGGCAGUUAUCACUUGCCCAUGUGGGGUUGUCUUUUCAGUAAAAUUCAACCUUAGAGCAGAGAGUCCACGUGACUUUGUCGACCUCUUGCUGUCCUGGAAAAACCUCCCCAAUGUGGCUGUGUAUGAUUAUGCCAGGGGUCUGGCACUGCAUGCCAACCACAGGCAGCCAGGAAUAUUUGCCCCUUUUCAGGGAAGGUUACUGGAUCCCACCCCAGAAAACGUGAAGCAGGCCUCGGAGGGAAAGGUCCAUGUCAGCUUGCCCUGGCUGAAAUUUCAAAAAAAGCCACCUGACAAAGAUGGUCACCCUCUUACUGGAUCUUCACAGCAUUUUGCUUUAAACGAUGUGUUCCACCAGGGGAACAGCAAAGACCAGUGUGAAGUUCUAAGAAAACUGGAGCUUGUUCCUGAACUUGCUGGUCUAAUUAACAGCCAGUGUGCCGAGCAGCUGUUUUCAGGGAUGAGAAAAAACAACUACUUUUUAAAUCAGACAACCCCAUCAACACACAUUUUUCUACAAAGAAACAUUCUCCACCAUUACAACAUGGCAAGAAACCAAACAAUCAAAAAUCAGUGCAGCAAGAUUGUUCCUCCAGAUGUUUCAUUGCAGUUUGACACCCAUGGAAGGGUAGUCUUAGCUGCGAUGUCAACUGGGUCAUAUGGGAAAGAACAAGAAGACUCUCAUGUGUAUGAGUCAGAAGUAGAAAUGCAGUGUGACACCCUUGGAAUGGUAGUCUUAGCUCACUCCCCAUCAGCCGUGAUGUCAACUGGGUCAUCAGGGAAAGAACAAGAAGACUCUCAAGAGUUCAAUGAUGACAGUGAGCAGAGACCUCAUGGACACUUCCCUUGUCUCCACAAGUUUUCAGCACACAGAGCAUACUGGGGACAGAAACUACAUGACAGCCAGGAACAACUGCUGUCUCAUGUCUUGGAUGAGACCAAAAGUCACACUCAGCACCUUGCAAUGGUGAAUAACAUCAUCCUGACCCGCUUUGACUUUUGGACUCUGGUUUUGCAGCAGGACAUGGAGGGAACGAUCCUGAACUCUUGUCUCAAAAUGAUUGAGAAGGUAGUGUAA